AGCACACAAAAACUGAAAUGCACGAAACCAGACCGUACAGUCUUAGAAAGAAAGAGCUUCCAUUAUUACAGUGAAACCCAAGCUCCCCCCUAUCUUUCUGCUUCCUCGCGGCGAGUCUCGGCGGAUCGAGCUCUCCGAUCCUUCGAGAACAUUCUAGGGGAAGUGUAGAGUUCUUGUAGGAACGUUCCCGUUUCGUUCCUGUAUAGUUUCGGUAACCUGUACAGAACCCCGAAAAUAGAAUAAAAGAAACGAAACGCGUUUCGAUGGAAUUGUACGGUCGCAACCCGGCGAGAAAUGGCUCCCAAUCGGCUCAAAACCAGCAGGAGUGGGUUCCCUCCGGCGGCGAGACCGGGCUUGACGUAGGGUCCAUGUGGCAAUUGGGGCUGAAGAGCAGCGAAUUGUACCCGGAGCGACCCGGCGUGCCCAAUUGCGUGUACUACAUGCGAACCGGGUUCUGUGGAUACGGUAGCAGGUGCCGGUACAAUCACCCUCGUGAUCGCGCCGCGGUUGCGGAAGCUGUAAGAGCUACAGGGGAGUACCCAGAGCGAGUGGGGGAACCUGCAUGUCAGUAUUAUUUGAAAACUGGGACGUGUAAAUUUGGUGCGUCCUGCAAAUUUCACCAUCCAAAACACGGAGGUGGAUCCUUGAGCCAAGCUCCACUAAAUAUUUAUGGAUACCCAUUACGACCGGGUGAGAAAGAAUGCUCCUAUUAUUUGAAAACGGGGCAGUGCAAAUUUGGUUUAACUUGUAAAUUCCAUCAUCCUCAAACAGCUGGUACCUCAAUGCCAGCUUCUGCACCUCAGUUUUAUCCACCGGUGCAGUCUCCUUCGCAUCCUACACCUGACCAGUAUGGCAGUGCAUCCACCAGCUUGAGGGUGCCUAGGCCUCCGCUAUUACCUGGUUCUUAUGUGCAAGGGACUUAUGGUCCUGUCCUGCUUUCCCCAGGGCUUGUUCCUAUUCAGGGUUGGAGUCCUUAUUCGACACCUGUCAGCCCUGCACUAUCUCCUGGUGCUCAGCCUGCAGUUGGAGCAACUUCUCUGUAUGGAGUGACACCAUUAUCAUCAUCAUCACCUGCACUUGGGCGACCUUAUCCGUCAUUACCCUCUUCUGCUGACCCUUCAAGCAGUAGCCAGAAGGAACAAGCAUUUCCUGAGAGACCUGGCGAGCCUGAAUGCCAGUACUAUAUGAGAACGGGGGACUGUAAAUUCAGAUCAUCUUGCCGCUAUCAUCAUCCUCGGGACCGGGUUGUUCCCAGGACUUUCCUUAGCCCCAUUGGUCUCCCCUUGCGUCUGGGGGCGCAGCCUUGUGCUUUUUACUUGCAAAAUGGGCAUUGCAAAUUUGGAUCAACGUGUAAAUUUGACCAUCCGAUGGGGACAAUGAGAUACAGUCCAUCUGCAUCAUCUCUCAUUGAUAUGCCAGUUGCUCCAUACCCAGUUGGGUCUUUCCUAGCUACUCUGGCUCCUUCAUCCUCUUCUUCCGAGCUUCGGCCUGAACUGAUUUCCGGGCCCCAAAGAGAAUCUUAUUCAACCAGAAUGCCCUCUUCUGGCAAUACCAGUAGUACAGUUGGCUUAAUUUUUUCUCAAACUGGGUCAGCUUCACUCUCUGAAGUGCAACUUUCAAGUCAGAUUUCUUCCCCUUUAAGCAGCGGCAGAAGCACAAGACAAAGUGGUGAGAAAGGUCUAUGGUUGGGUGGGGAUUGUAUGUGAACCUUGAGGCUUUCCAUGCAAGCCUCACAGGCACAACUCAACUUGGAUUCGGAUUUUCAACAAUUUGCUGGCCGGAUUGCAGUAAAUGUGAGUCUCAUCUACUCGGGCAGGUGGGUUUCAUCGGAGCUCUUUCAUAGCAAAACUUAUGAAAAUCUCUAUCCAAUUCAAUCUUGCCCUUUAUACCCUGCAAAAAACAUGGGUCACAUGGUCACAUCAACAGGCGCUGCUUGUUGAAUUUCUGCACCCUAUCACAAAGCAUUAAAAGCCCAGGUGACAAUAUCAACAUGAAUUGUCCAGAAUUAAAUGGUUAAUGUAACAUCAUGAUAGCAUCAGAAAGCUGGAUAUUUCAACAAUGCUUGUCCAGUAUUCAAAAUAGACGGCAAAUGUUGUAUAAUUUUUUUUUUUUUUUUCCUUUUGUCUCAAUUUGUUCAAAGCUGGUUUUUGAAUU